AUGCCAGCCAAAAUGGAAAAGUGUUUCCGCAUUGCAGUCCUCGGGGCCAAAAUGGUCGGCAAAACGUGCCUGAUAAAGCAGAUACUAAAAAGAGGUUUCAGAGAAAAAGAUGCCCCAACCAUUGAGACGAUGUUCCGGUAUGAUAUUCACACGUCUGAAAAUAAAUACACCAAACUGGAGAUUCUGGACACGGCGGGCGACUUCGAGUACCUGGACCUGUUGAAAGAAGCCGUAAAAACCAGUCAUGCUUUUGCACUGGUCUUUGACCUUAAUAACGCCAUGCAGACUUUCAGAGAAAUUGAAGCAUUACGACAACUGAUUAUUGAAGAGAAGCGAGAACAAGUUCCUAUUAUCGUUGUUGGUAACAAAUCGGACUUGAUUCAUGAAGAUACUAUUGAUAACAAAGUUAUCGAUGCUAUUGUUUCAAUUGACUGGGGUUGUACCUACCUUACAGCAUCGGCACAAUGUGAUGUAAAUGUUUCAGAUGUUUAUAGAGCUGUGUGUAAAGAACUUAAUAUAAUAAUUGAACAAAAACCAGAUGUAAACGACGUUUGUAAGGAGACCAAAAGCCAAAACGUGAAACCAUGGCGGCGCAUAUCUUUACACAAAAGACGUUUUUCUGUUAAAUCAUUGUAA